AUGCGCUAUUCUCUUCUUUUGGCAUCUCUUUCUUGCCUAGUCCUAGGUCAUCCGGUUCGGGACAGUAAUACAAAGACCCCAGUUACACCUGAAAUCUAUGAAAAGCUUGUGCGAUACGCUGAAUACCCUGACCUAAGCUUGGGACAGUGCUCCAAAGUUUCCACGGGGGCUACUGUAAUCCAAUUUUUCAACAUUACCUCCACCGAUACCCAGGCUGCUUUUUGGAAACUACCAAGCGAGAAACAGAUCAUUGUCUCUAUUCCUGGUACCGACGGAACUGAGGAUUACCUAACCGACUUUAAUUUCUUCUUCACGGGUUAUGACUCGCCAGGUGUGAAAUGUCCGGAAGGCUGUUUGGUCCACAAUGGAUUUUUGGGCUCGUGGAACUCGCUCGCCACUGAGCUUAUUCCUGCGCUAGAGGAUGUGCUUGAUGCGAACCCUGACUAUAAUACGAUAAUCACUGGACAUUCUCUCGGAGGCGCACUAGCGCAGCUGGCAUUCGCUUCGCUCAUCACAGACCCUAAAUACCGAGUCCUUGAGGCAUACACUUACGGUCAACCCAGAGUUGGAAACGGGAUAUUUGCCAACUACAUUGAUGCUCUGGCCGGUGCAUCUGAUGACGAUAUUGGAAUUUUUCGCCGAGUAACGCAUUACAACGAUGGUGUUCCUCUACUACCACCCCGAAUCUUUGGCUUUUCGCAUUCGCUCACAGAGUUUUGGGAGUCAACUAAUAAGAGCGAAGAGUCAACAACAUAUCGGUGCUAUGGCCACGAGUCUUCAGAGUGCAAUGAUUCUGCCGGUGGAUUCGGAAUCAAUGCUGCGCAUGGAUCUUAUGCAGGCUUCGGUGCGACAUGCCAAUGA